GGAGCGGAGCGUGCGCGCCAAGGUGGAGGCGUGCGCGCGCGUUCCCCACUCUGGAAACGCGCACAGGCACGCGCCUUCCACUGAAUCAUCCGCAGUUUCCACGCGGAGAAGCGUGCGCAAAGAGGAAUUUCCAGGGAUGCUGGAGAAAAGCACUUAACAGCCAGCGCGCUUUUUUGUGGGGAGCCAUUUUGUCCAAAGUUAGUUGACAUCCCCACCAUGCUCCUCUCCUCCACCACCGCCGUUCUCCCGCCGCUGUGUGGAUUUACCUCCUCUGCCGCUUUUUAGCUUCACACCGCUCCGCGCGUGCAGACCAUCAUGGACCGCCUCGUCGUCAUCCUCGGACCCCUGCAGCUCUUCGUUGCCCUGCUCAGCGCAUGGGGCGUGCGGCCGGCGGAGGGUGGCUGGGACUGCCUGAGCGCGGGUGACGCUUGCUCCGGAGAUGACACGUGCAGCCCGCGCCUGCGCACCCUGCGGCAGUGCGUGGCUGGAGACGGCAGCGUCAAGCUGGGCCCGGGCGCCCGCAACCAGUGCGAGAAUGCCAUGACGGCCCUCAUGUCCACGCCGCUGCACGGCUGCCAGUGCAAGAGGGGCAUGAAGAAGGAGAAGAACUGCCUCAGUAUCUACUGGAGCCUGCAGCAGGCCGUCCUGCACGGCCUGAGCCUGGUGGAGGACUACCCGUACGAGCCCGAGGAGAGGGGCUCCGACUACGUCCGCCUGGCCUCCAUCGCCGCCGAAUCGGAAGUGACAACGGUCAAUCGCUGCCUGGACGCGGCCAAGGCCUGCAACAUCGACGAGACGUGCCAGAAGCUGCGCACCGAGUAUGUUUCAUCCUGCAUCCAGCCGUCGGCCCGCUCGGGCCCAUGUAACCGGCCCAAGUGCAACAAGGCGCUACGCAAGUUCUUUGACCGGGUGCCCCCCGACUACACACACGAACUGCUCUUCUGCCCCUGCACCGACACGGCAUGCGCUGAGCGCCGACGCCAGACGGUGGUGCCCUCCUGCUCCUAUGAGGACAAGGACAAGCCCGGCUGCCUGGCCCAGCUCAGGGUCUGCAAAGCCGAUUAUGUUUGCAGGUCUCGCUGGGCUCAGUUCCAGUACGACUGCCAGCCAUGGCAGCACAGCCCCAACGGCUGCAAGCACGGGAACCACGCCGCCUGUCUGCUGUCCUACACGGGUCUCAUCGGCAGCACCAUCACGCCCAACUACCUUGACAACUCCACCUCCAAUGUGGGACCUUGGUGCUCCUGCAGUACCAGUGGACACCAACGAGAGCAGUGUGCCGGAUUCCUAGCCUUGUUCCACGACAACAUCUGCCUCAAGAAGGCCAUCCUGGCGUUCGGCAACAGCUCAGAAGUGAAAACAGAUGCGUCGGCGGUGAACCCCCCGAGCCCGGCCGCUGACGACCUCGACUCUCCACGGGCCACCGCCGUUCCGGCAGUUUCCGUGGAAACGGCGCAGAACAUCCUGAGAGCAGAGAUCCCCACUCAGGUCAACGCUAACGAGCGACUUUGGGGCGACGAGGGGGACUCGGCGCCACCAUCGCCCGACCUCUCAGGGCACAAUGGCGGCAGGAGGUGCGCCCGCCCGUUGCCGCUCGCCAUUUGCGGUCUUCUGACUGCCACCAUAUUGCUCGGGCGCCACUAGGAAGCGCCAUCUGCCAACGACGUCGCCGCAACAUUUCCCGCUUUAUUUACCAUGUGACACACUGGCUGGGGGAGGACCCUUAAACUCAUAUGUGACUGAAAAAAAUAUGUCAUUAUUUUUGUUGUGGUGAUGGCAAGGCUAACUAGCUAACUGUUAGCGCCCAUGGCUAACAGCUCACACGUUGUUGUUAUUGUCGUGUUGCGGCAAAAAAUGCGCAACCUUUGUGGACACUUUUUAAUGGACAAAAAGCCAAGAGUUUGUGUUGGUGUGGAUGCUGUGGAUAACUUUUUGUGUUCUGCGCGUUUUCUUGUCCUUCCUUCCUCACACGUGUGAUUAAAAAAAAAAAAAAAAAAAAAAACUUUUCUAAAGACGUCUCGGUCUUAACUGACAAAGCACAACAGCGACUGGGUGCUAAAUUCCGAGAAUUAGGAAUUUUUCCAUGGGAAUUAACGUGACAAACAGGAAAUUGCAAAAUUGAAGGUUGACUAUGAACUCAUUGGUUGUCAUUCGAUCUGGGUCGGCUGGCAGGGAAUGAUCAUGUUUUAGUGCUAAUGACGCCGAUAGACGUCUAGUCCAUUUGGACUGGGAGAGCUACCAGCCCCUCCUAGUCCAAAUGGAUUGGACGUUUAUCACUGUCAGUGAAUCCGAUGAGUUAAUUUAUGAAAUUAUAUGAAGGCAGUUGGAAGAGUAUAAAGGUUCUUGAUGCGUUUCCUUACUUUCAGUGUUGUAUGUGGUUAUUUGACAAAGUUACAGUCUGGUAAAUGUAAAAAAAAAAAAAAAUUCUAGAGCAACUUUUUGCUUGUCUGUUGUCAAUGGCAGCCAAUGAAUUAAUGGGGCUCUUAAACAGUCAGAGAAAAAGUAAUCUACGGUACUAUGAUUAAUUGCCUAGUAGAGUAAUUACUACACUGUAAAAAAUAUAUAUAUAAAAUUUAAGAUUUUAAGUAGACACUAUUCAAAUUCUUAAGUUUUCUUAAAGGUCCUAUGAAUCUGGCAAUCAAAUCUGUUUUUUUUUUAAUGGAGGACCAAAUGGAACAGAAUCAGAUAUAUAAAUAUAUCUUUAAAUAAGGGCUGCAGCUAGCGAUUAUUUUAGUAGUCGAAUAAUCGAUUAAUCGGAUAAGGAACAUAAAAAUUUUAAAUACCUGAGCUGAGCCUCAAACGCUAUUUUAAAAAAAUAUACGUAUAUAUGAGGAUCUAUGUACAACAAAAGAACAGUUGGCUAACUUACAUAGAAAAAGUCCGCUAGCUAAAAUGCUAUAAAAUGGUAAUUUUUAUUUAUUUAUUUAUUUUACAAUGCUCUUAAAUUGUUCAGGCAAAUAUUCCCACAAAAAAUGGAUAAAUAUACCUAUAAACUAGAUUACAAAUGCAUUAAAAAAAAGUUAGCUGAAACAAAAACCUAGCUUAUAGUUUAUAAAUAAAUAAAUUAAAUUUAAGAUUUUUAGUAGACACUAUUCAAAUUCUUAAGUUUUCUUAAAGGUCCUAUGAAUCUGGCAGUCAAAUCUGUUUUUGUUUUUUUUAUGGAGGACCAAAUGGAACAGAAUCAGAUAUAUAAAUAUAUCUUUAAAUAAGGGCUGCAGCUAUCGAUUAUUUUAGUAGUCGAAUAAUCGGAUAAGGAACAUAAAAAUUUUAAAUACCUGAGCUGAGCCUCAAACGCUAUUUUAAAAAAAUAUACAUAUAUAUGAGGAUCUAUGUACAACAAAAGAACAGUUGGCUAACUUACAUAGAAAAAGUCCGCUAGCUAAAAUGCUAUAAAAUGGUAAUUUUUAUUUAUUUAUUUAUUUUACAAUGCUCUUAAAUUGUUCAGGCAAAUAUUCCCACAAAAAAUGGAUAAAUAUACCUAUAAACUAGAUUACAAAUGCAUUAAAAAAAAGUUAGCUGAAACAAAAACCUAGCUUAUAGUUUAUAAAUAAAUAAAUUAAAUUUAAGAUUUUUAGUAGACACUAUUCAAAUUCUUAAGUUUUCUUAAAGGUCCUAUGAAUCUGGCAGUCAAAUCUGUUUUUUUUUUUUUUUAUGGAGGACCAAAUGGAACAGAAUCAGAUAUAUAAAUAUAUCUUUAAAUAAGGGCUGCAGCUAUCGAUUAUUUUAGUAGUCGAAUAAUCAGAUAAGGAACAUAAAAAUUUUAAAUACCUGAGCUGAGCCUCAAACGCUAUUUUAAAAAAAUAUACAUAUAUAUGAGGAUCUAUGUACAACAAAAGAACAGUUGGCUAACUUACAUAGAAAAAGUCCGCUAGCUUAAAUGCUAUAAAAUGGUAUUUUUUAUUUUUAUUUUUUUAAUUUUUUUUUUACAAUGCUCUUAAAUUGUUCAGGCAAAUAUUCCCACAAAAAAUGGCUAAAUAUACCUAUAAACUAGAUUACAAAUGCAUUAAAAAAAAGUUAGCUGAAACAAAAACCUAGCUUAUAGUGGUCUUAACAGGGAGCAGAUGGAUUCAGGAUGUGAAAUGAGGUAGACUAGAGGGCUGUGUAUGCACCCUAAUCAAUAAAAAUAAAUGCAAACACUUUCAAAACAAGCCAUUACUACACCACUUUAAUUAAAUGAAUACUCAAAGCAGCAAAAUUUAAUUCGAAUCUUUUUUUCAAAUCGAAUACUCGAGUUAAUCGAUUAAUCGUUGCAGCACUACUUUUUGAAUACUUAAAUGUGUCGUAAAUUAAGUCAAAUGGGAAUAAAAUUAAUAAGUCAUUUAAUGUGUCAUUAAUUCAUUAAAAUGCAAGUCAAUUUAAUGUUUAGAUAAUAAAAUAAUUAUUUUUUUACUAUUUCAUGGACAUGUGUUGCAGCACUUCAUGAAUUUAUCUGUAAUACUCACCCAUCAAAGUCAGUGGGCUGGACUAAGACCUGAUUGGUUACCCAUCACAUCAAGCCAAGAUGGGUCGAUUUUAGAUAAACAAUCGAUGCAAGGUCGGUAGUGUUGUUAAUAACGGCGUGAGAGUAUAAAGACAUUACUAACGGCUUUUUUUUUUUUUAGUUGUGAGUAAUUAAUCAAUUACUUUUGUAAUCUUGGUAACGCCGUUACCGUAACUGAGCAUGUAAAGGGCGUGCGUUUCUGGGCGUUACUACGUUGGUUGGAUGACGCGAGAAAAGUCAGAGACACGGACUCACGUGGAUGAGAGAGCAGAACGGGAGUGGGAAGGGAGUUGUGACGCCAUUGCAAAAGCUAGGUGGCUGCAUUAAUACCUGACUGUAGCCGAUAGCCUACCAACUAUGCCCACAUGAUGCUACGAUAGAUAUUACAUGUACAUUAUAUAGAACUAGAUGCGAAAUGACAGACACGGUGGCGUUAGCACAUGUAUAGAGAACUAGAUGCGAAAUGAUAGACUCGCCGGCGUUGGUAAAUAGGCGCCAUCAAAGCAUUAGACUUCUCAGGAAGGUUCUGUGUAGAGAACCUUCCUAGCGAACCUCGAAAGUAGACAGAAGGGAACUAAUGCAAUAACGGGAGCAAUUUUAACAACUUUCACAACAUUAAAUGACUUCCAAACAUAGCAAAAGUUACUUUUUUGUUUUUUCGGUAAAUGAAAGGUACUCAAUUACUUUUUGGGAGAAGUAAUUUGUAACUGUGAUUAAUUACUUUUUUAAAGUAAGAUUAACUACACUGAGGGUCAGUAAACAUAUUCUGACACACUUGAGCCCCUUUCAGACUUCUAUCCCACUAAAUUCUUGUGUAAGGUGGUGUGGGAUUCAGUCUUGUCAUGGCUUUCAGACAUGAGGAUAUGUCCUGGGAAUUACCCCGGUUGGACGCUUUCAGACGUGUCUAGUGUUGGCGACUAGAUGCUCUCUGAGUGGGCAGAAUAGGAUUUUAUAACCCGGACAUUACAUAAUUUUUGGUCUGUAUCGGCAACAAAAUUAACCACACAUUUCCAAAGAUGGAUGAUAGACUCUCUCUCCCUCGGCUCUAAGAUCCAGUAGCAAUUUAAUUCAGUUAUGUUUCCAGUUUUAGUUUGCCAUUUCCAGUUUGUCAUGUUGAUAAUUGCAAUGUUUGUUUACUGCUUUUCGUCUUACUGCGAAGAAAGAGCAAAUGACGAUCGGCCCGCCAUGAUUUACUGUAUACUGUACAACAUCAGCCUUCGCGCUGUGACCUGGGAAUUAAACGGCUGCUUUCACACAUGCCACGUCCCGGACAUUAUACUGGCACGCAACCCGGUUAAUGUCCGUGUAAUCUCCGUGUCCGUCGACCCAGGAAAUUGCUUUCAAACAUAAGGGCUCAGCGUAUGCCUGAAAGGGGCUCUAGAUGGCGCUUCCUUCACUCAGGUCAAACAAGUGGAGGACGAGUUACGAGUAACAGCAAGUUUUGCUCAUAAAUUCAUGAAGUGCUUGAACGAUUAGCCGAAACUACGCCUUCAACUCCACUGCUUUGCACACUACAUGUUCUUGGUCAGCAGGUCUCACUUCCACGUAAUCAGCAAGGUCUAAAAUAUCUCCCGAGAAUGUUCCGUAGCUGCCAUGUUUUGAAAGACUUGAGACCUCUGCGAUCGAUUAAACUUAGAUCAGCGUUAGUCCCACCCGCUGAGUUUGAUGGGUGAAUUUGACAGAUAAAAUAAAUUCAUUAAGUGCUGUGUCCAUGAAAUAAUUAGUGAAAUAAUUAUGUUUUUUUACAUUAAAUGAGCUGGUAUUUUAUUUAGACUUUAUCAAUUACUUUUAUUUAUUUAAAUUCCCAUUUAAGUAAUUGAUUAACCAUUUAGAGGUGAAGUUCAGAAUUUUUCUCAUUAGGCUUAAUCUUUGAGUUUGUCGGUGGAGUUGAUUGUAACAAAUUCCGUGCAGUUAGAUAUUUAUUAGUUUCAGGGCUCCGGAAUGGCUAAGCUAGUGCGAGUCAAUGAGCCCAUCCAAGCAUGCAAAAAAAAAAAAACAACAACAUAUGCAUGCAUUAAAGUCACCGAUGACCCAUGCAAUCAAUAGUGUUGGCUAUGUUUUCAGGAUGAAGUUAUUAAAACUUACCAUUGCAUGUCAAUAACUGCAAUAUGAACAGCAACAUUUGUAAUCUACUAGCUCUGUAGGUAACAGGCUGCAGAGCGGGGUGAUAUUUUUUCCACCGGUGUGUUAAUGUCGUAGCCAGCAGCAAGUAUCUGCAGUGUGUAUUGUUUCUUGUUCCUCAUAGGGAAUUUGUGGAAAGUCUAAUUUGCCCAUUUCUUCUGUCUGUUUCCACAACCUCUAAAUGCACGUUUCACUAUGUUGCCGUUCUUCAGUCAAGACUCCAAAGACUGAUGCUGCAUUCGAGGAAGGUGGGAAGUCGGAGUUUUCCAACCUCAGACCAGGAUAAAUAUCAUUGGAACGCCACUCGAACUGGGGUGGCCUAAUCGCAAAGUCAGAAGAAAGUACCCCGACUUCACGUGUUGCUUCAAUCAGACAUCCCUCGACAAAAUGCGCUGCCCAUGAAAAGCAGACCGUCAAUAAUUAAAAAAAGAAGCCCGUUUACAGAGCGGUCCAUUUACCUUAGUUGUUGUUUUUCCUCCACAAUUUGAACUCUUACGAGAAGCCAUGUUUGCUGCAGGUCAACAUGUCUUUUGAUGGCCAUAAAAAACGCUUGGAACGCUCUGAAGUCGCAACUGGUACCAUCCGAGUGGGAUGAGUCAGACUUUCCACCUUCCUCGAAUGCAGCAUGCGCACGAGUGGCCAAAGCACUCCUCUCUAUUGUGGUCGCAUUACGCAUCUAAAAAAAUCAUCAGACAGAAAUAAAUGAGUUACGGAAGUUUUGUGUGACAUUGUUUGGACCGCAUGGGUAUUUUGAACAACAAUCUGAUUUUGAAUGUAUUAUACUUUGUUAGAUCUGUUUUUUAUUAGCAUGCUAGGAAGGGACCAAUGACUCACGCUAGCUUAGCCACUCCGGAGCCCUGAAAUUAAUAACUAACUAACAAACUGUACUGAAUUUGUUGAAAUUAACUCCACCGACUAAUUAAAACCCAGCUAACACGACAAUUUAGCCUAAUGUGAAAAAUUCUGAACUACAGCUUUAAGUAUUUAUUAAAGAUGUAUUAUAUAUAUAUAAUUCUGUCCCAUUUGGUCCUACAUAGUUUUUUACCAUUUCAUCGUUAUGCUAUGCUAGCUAGCUUGAAAGGAAUAGAAUAGAAUAGAAAGCCUAUGGAUAGCAUGCUAGCAGACUGCAAAGAUCUGCAGCUCAUUCUGGGUGUGACAUCAUCCUCUUGUGUUUGAAGAUUUUUUUGUUGGUCGGGCCAGGCCAGCUGACAAAGGAAGACUAAUUUGGAUCUAAGUUAAUUAUUAAGCCUUUUCUGUUUGUUUUGUUUUGUUUUGUUUUUUCGGAUGGAUGUUGGUCCAAAAUAUGAUAAGCUAUCGUUUUACUCACCUGCUUUGUUAUUUCAUAGCACUAUUAAAUUUCUGUGUUAACUAAAGUUGAAAUGCGUGAAGUUAGCUUCCUUCAAAAGAGUAUGCUGGCAACCGCAGUGAGCCAGGCUGUUAAAGGGAUCCACGGACAGAAAGACUUGUAGUUCUUAAAAGAUAGACGUUAUUAUGAGUUAAAAAUAAUUUGAUAUUGAAACCCCUCUUGAUGUUUUCAUUUUUGUACAAUUUGUAAAAUUAGUUUAACUAGUAGGUCGCCAUUGUUGUUGACGUUGCAGGGCGGUGACGUCACACGGUUAAGAUGCCUGGCUUACAGAGUAUGACUAGCGACAUAAACAUGUCAUCUGUUCUCCCCUUGCAAUUUGAACCCGACAGGAACCUGAAUGACAGCACUGUCGAUAUUUCACAAAGCGAGCAGCAAACGCAAAAUGAACGGUGUUCUGCCAAAAUGUGCUACACUGGCAAAACGUCCUAUAAGAGGCGAUUUUGACAUCCAAAUUCCUACUUUGCACUUUCAGCUUGUUUUGUUUAGAUGCAUACAGACAGAACAUAUUAAAGAUGCCUUAAGAAAAUACUUAAACGUAGUAGCGUAUUGGCCCGAAUAUAAGACAGCCCUGAUUAUAAGACGACCCCCUCUUUUUCAAGACUCAACUUUGAAAAAAAGACUUUUUGAACACCAAAUUAAUUUUUAUACAGAACAUAAUUACAGCAAAUCCGAAACAAAUGAUUAUAACAAUAUAUUUGAGAGAAAAAGCAUGUUAUUUUGCCUCAUUCAAAUCUUAAUAUCUGAACAUUUAAAUACUGAAUGUAAACUAAAGUGCAAUCACAUUCAUAAAUUAAUGGCGUCUGUUUUUUUUAAUGUAAAUAAACCAGUCUAUUGUGAUAAAACAACAAAAUUGCAAUAACUGCAUUAACAAAGUGAAGUCUAACUGUAACUGUAGUCUUGAAACAAAUAAAAUAGAGAGUAGCUGAGAUCUAUCAUGACAGAAAAUCCCUUCAAUGAUAUCUGGCGCCAUCUAGCAUCGUGAAAGGGGAGUGUUGCUGAGAUUUCACAUGACAGAACAUCGCUUCAAUGAUAUCUAGCGCCAUCUAGCGUCGUGAAUGGGUAUACUGUCUAGACCACUAAUAUAAGACGACCCCCUCUUUUUCAGGCUUAUUUCAAUGGAAAAAAACACCGUCUUAUAUUCAGGCCAAUACGGUAAUAUCACAUGAGAUUGGUUUAAUAUGCUACGUGACUAAUGUGGUCAACAGAUCAACAAUCUGCUUUAAAGCUACCACAAAAAACACAAUGCUUAUAAGUAUGAGAAGGAAACACAUGAAAAAAGUAUUUUAAGGCAAUGAAAGGGUAAUAAAAGACUCAAUAGUAAGUACUAGCCGCUUUUAAUUGUGUAGAAGGAA